GUGAUAAAUAAAUGAGUGUGAAAAUGGCGGAGGGGCCGGGGGACAAAAGAUAGGUAACUGUAUAUUUAUCAUCCUCAUGUCAUCGCCCAGCUGGUUUGAACGUUCAUCAAUCUUUGUUUGUCAUUGGGAUUCCAAAUGGAGCAAACAUAUAGAUCGAUUUGGUUUCAAUUUUUUAAACUAUCAUCUUCUUCACCACCCCUAAUUUUAGCAACCACUGAUUGGAUUUGAGAUUUUUGGCGAAGAUGAUGGUGUUCGUCUUCUUGUUUCUACUCUCCCAAAUUUAGUAAAGCAAUGGCAAUCAAACCGACUCCUUAUUCCAUUGUCCACCCUUGCUCUGUUUUCAUUACGCGUCACCGUGUUUUGUCUGUUCUGUCCGGCGGCGUGAACCGUGGUGGUGGCGUUUCGGGCUGUGGCAGCUCCCAUGGCUGAAGAAGAAACUAACGAAUCCGUUACCACCACCCACACGGUGAUCGCCAUUAACAGGGACAAGAACAGUCAAUCCGCGGUGAAAUGGGCUGUGGAACACCUGUUCAAUAGGAAGAACUCCGGCGAUUGCAUCCUCAUCCAUGUUCGGAGUCAGAGCUUGCAUCCCCAGGAUGCGGAUACGGUUCCUAAGGAGUAUCGUCCACCGACUGAUGCUGAAUUGCAUCAGUUCUUCCUUCCAUACCGAGGAUUCUGUGCACGAAAAGGAAUAGUUGCAAAGGAGAUUGUCAUCCAUGACAUUGAUGUUCCAAGUGCACUUAUUCACUAUAUCAAUAAACACUCCAUUAGCAACAUUGUUGUGGGUGCUUCCAGCCGGAAUGCUUUUACGAGGACGUUCAAACAUCCAGAUGUCUCAACAUGUUUGCUCAAAUCAACUCCAGAAUCAUGUUCUGUAUAUGUCAUAUCUAGAGGGAAAGUUCAUACUAAGAAAUUGAGAAAGCGAUACCAGUCACUAACUGAUGGGAAAGAAGAACCAUCCGGAACUCUUCAUACUGACAAGUCUCUAUCAAAAAUACAAAACACGAAAGAUAAAAGCAGGCAUCGUUAUAGCAACAGUGUUGAUUCACUGUCAAGCGUUAGUGACUUUUCAGGGCCUCUCAGUUUCAGAUCAACUGGCACAUCAUCCUCUGAGAGCUUAGAUUUUUCGUUAACCUCAGAGAGUAAUUCAAAGAGCUUUGUUACCUCUAACACAGCAGCUUCCAUAGAAUCUGAGAUGAGAAAGUUAAGGUUUGAACUCAAAGGGAAGAUGGAAAUGUAUGAAUCAGCUUGCAAGGAAGCUCUAGUAGCAAAACAAAAGGCAAAUGAACUCGCACAAUUGAAGAUGAAAGAAGAGAAAAAGUUUGAGCGAGGUAAAUCUGCAGAAGAGGUUUUAACAGCAUUGUCAGAGCUUGAGAAGCAGAAAAACAAGGCUGGGACAGAAGCAGCUCUAAUGGCACAAAGGCUGGAAGAAUUAGAGAUCCAGAAAAAACGAAAUAUUGCUGAAAAAAAGGCUAAGAUUGAGGCGGAGGAGAAGCAGAAAACAAUUGAUUUAUUUGAACGCGCAAAUAUCUGCUUCAAACGAUACAGAAUUGACGAGAUCGAAGCAGCAACAGAUCAUUUUAAUGAGUCAAACAAGAUUGGUGAAGGGGGUUAUGGACCUGUUUACCAAGCCUUUCUCGAUCAUACUUCUGUUGCCAUUAAGAUGUUGAGCCCAGAGAGAUCUCAUGGGCAGAGACAAUUCCAGCAAGAGAUUGAGGUUUUAAGCCGCAUGAGGCAUCCACACAUGGUUCUCCUUAUGGGUGCCUGCCCAGAAUAUGGUUGCCUUGUUUAUGAAUAUAUGGAAAACGGGAGUUUAGAAGACCGUCUUUUCCGAAAAGACGACACUCCUCCAAUCCCUUGGAAAACUCGUUUCAGGAUAGCUGCUGACAUUGCCACUGCACUUCUGUUCCUUCAUCAAAUGAAGCCCGAACCCGUGGUGCAUCGUGAUCUCAAACCAGCAAACAUUCUCUUAGAUCAGAACUAUGUGAGCAAGAUAGGCGAUGUGGGUUUGGCCAGGCUAGUCCCGCCAUCGGUUGCUGAUAGUGUCACUCAAUAUCACAUGACGGCUGCAGCUGGAACCUUCUGUUACAUUGAUCCAGAAUACCAACAAACAGGAAUGCUAGGUGUGAAAUCAGAUAUUUACUCAUUUGGUGUUCUGCUACUCCAGCUCAUCACUGCAAGGUCACCAAUGGGUCUUUCAUAUCAGGUUGAGGAGGCCAUUGAACACGGCACAUUCCCACAGAUACUUGAUCCUACAAUUACAGAUUGGCCCAUUCAAGAUACUCUUGGACUCGCUCAAUUAGCCCUGAAGUGCUGUGAGCUAAGGAAAAGAGAUAGACCCGACCUCGGUACCGUUCUAUUGCCUGAACUAAUAAGGCUAAAAAAAUUGGGAUUGAGCGGAAUACCACCAAAGAGGAAGCUCACAGCUUUUGGGAGAGCACAUGGUCAAAGCACUUCUAACUCAGCUCCACAUUUCAAGGGAUCAGAAAAUGAGAUCAAUGUAAGAAAAAAGUGGCAGCGACUGAAAUUCAGUCCGAGUUUUUGGAGCCAGAAGGGUGGUAUUGGUUUGAAUACCAUUUCUCAGCAGGAAAAGGAAAAUUGGAGCUCGAAGAACAACAGCGGUGCAAAAGUCUCAACCAUACCACUGAGUGGAAACCCAAUUGUAGAACUGAGGAAGUGGCGGCACACCAGUGAACGCUGUUGGUCAUGUGUAAGUUGUGUUUCUCCUACUACUUCUGGGUUGAAAAAACCACACUCAUUUGCAUAAGAGAAAUUCAUAUUGUCUACCUUGAUUGCUUUCAUUGUGUAUUUCUUCUGUCUGAUAAGAACUGGAUUAUUUAAGCAUGCCUGCCUGCCUCCAAAUCUGACUUGUUUCCGCACCAAUUUCCUUCUCAAGAGCCCACUUCUUGUAAUACAUUCUUCCCAUCACUCUUGGGUUAUACUGAAUCAUUUAUAAAUAUUUGAACAU